AUGGCCAACCCUUCAUCAAUAAUCAUUCAAGAAUUCUUGAAAAAUUGUCACUCAAGAAGAUUGUUACUCCACGCUUCUCUUUAUAGUUCACCUCCAAUAUCAACUGUAGCAGCACUUUCUCCAUCCAAUACAAUAUACAGGGACAAUACAUUCCAGGCAAAUAUUGGAAUUGUCUUAGCAGUCGUCUUGUGUGCCUUAAUUUGCUCACUUGGAUUAAAUUUCAUCAUAAGAUGUGCAAAAAGGCACUCGAGUUUUGUAUCCUAUGAUGACACCCCGUCUGCGCGCCUAGCCAAUACAGGAAUCAAGCAAAAAGCCCUCAAAACGUUCCCUAUAAUAAGUUACACAUGUGAUCUUAACCUUCCAGGUUUGGACACAGAAUGUGCAAUAUGCCUCUCAGAUUUCGCCACAGGAGAACGUGUUCGAGUCUUGCCUAAGUGCAACCAUGGGUUCCAUGUCCGUUGCAUUGAUGAAUGGUUGAACUCACACUCUUCUUGCCCAAUUUGCAGGCACUGCCUAGUUGAAACUUGCCAAAAAAUAGGACGACGCAACCAGACUAGUACAUCAUCGGUAAUCCUACCACCACAUGAAGUUCUUAUAUGGAUUGCACCUUUACAACAAGAAGGUCGUGUACGAAAUCAUCACACGUAG